AUGGCGGACAGUUUUGAGUGGCCUUGGCAGUAUAAUUUUCCACCAUUUUUCACGUGAGUAUUUCUUCUGUCUUGUUCAGAUUCUGGUAUUUUGUAGCAGUAAAAACAUGCAAGUAUUUUUACAGGCUACAACCAAACCUAGACACGCGGAAAAAGCAGAUAGAAGGCUGGUGUGAUUUGGUGCUUGCCUACUACAAACAUCAUAAAAGUUACAUUCUUGAUGUUAACGAAGCACAGUCAAGUGAAAUAUUUUGCAACAAGAAAAUAGAUCGUAUCCUUGCAAUUUGUUUUUAAUGGCAGUUGUGACAAAUAGUGAAAAUAGUUUAGUGUGCUAGGAUAUCAUAAGUAAUCUUAUGUGUUGCAUUGCAAUAUUAUUGUGGUGUGAUUUUAGUCAUAUACUUCAGUUUUUAUUUCUGUACAAUUUACAAUGCCAUAUAUUUGAUAACAAUGCAUCUAGCCAAAAAGGGUUUUUAAAAGGAGCAGCAUUAUGUCUUUUAAGAACUAACUCAGUCAGAGAAAAACUUUGAACAAAGCACACGAGACUUUGAACACAGACUCUGUCAAAGAGGCUACCCUUUAACGCUUGGUCAAGAAAUACUGACUGAAGUUAAGUUCACCGACAGAAAAGAGGCUCUACGCAACAAAACAUAACAAACAAAAGAGAUUUUGCCGUUUGUAACUACCUACAAUCUGGCCACACCAAAUCUCAAAAAGAUUCUCAUGAAACACUGGCGCAUCAUUCAACAGCAACCUGAGAUUAAACAAAUCUUUGACCAGAUGCUGAUUGUCUCCUACAGGAAGAAAAAAUCUCUCAAGGACAUUCUGGUUUGCGAGAAAAUUCUUUCACUGUUGCAACAAUCACAAAAUCGAAAAAGCGGUUUAAAGCAAACAAGAAGGCAGUUUGCAUACGAUCACCUUAACUGACUCCUAAAAACGGCAAUCACACAUCCAUGCAUUGAUUGCAACACAACUGGGUCAAUAAUUUUUCAGAUGUCUUUCUCUUAAUCCUAUCACUGAUCAUUAUUAUAAUCUGAGGACUCGUAGACUUUAUUAAAACUUUCCGUUCAGUCCAGAGUUCUGGAAAUUUCAUUCAAAAAUCCAAUGGAAUGAACCAUUUUGGUUUAGUCUGACCAGCAUAAGGUGGUCCACUUUGACCAGUUUGGUCAUUUUGGUCAGUUUGACUGAAAUGUCCCCUUCUAUUAUUGUCCUCAGUACCACUCUUCCUGUAUCCUGCUUACAAGUACAAUAAUCAUACACACUGUGGCUUGGGUUGGGUCUGUUUAACUGGAAUGUACCUUUCCACUGGGCGCAUGGAAUUUCCAAAUUUUCAAACCUGAAUUUUUUUUUAAUGGUAAACUAUACACCUGUGAUGUUGAUAUCCUUAAUAAACAGUCCGAGUAAGUACCCACACCAGAAUGUAGAUACCAUGCCUGGGGCAUGAGUAAAAUAAGAUCAUGCGUCUGUGAUUUGAGGGGAUGUAACUUUUGUACUCUUUUUAAUUUGUUCAGCUGAUUUGGAUACACAUUGUAGCAGGUUGUACCUUGUACCUUGUCAAAUUGUAUAGUUUUAUAUUUAUGUACAAGAUUUCCACCUUUGUGGUUUGAGUAAAUGCUAGGCACCCUCGGCCACUAAAGUAGGUACCAGGUCCCUGUUUGCACACUUUUUCUGUUAGUUCCAAGGCAAGCCAUUGCUUUGCAUACCCACUUAUUUACACAGUGGAGUUACAUAUUGGGUACAUGUACAUGGCACCAUUUUGUGCCAGUACCAAGGCAUGAGUGCUAAGGCCAAGGGCUUCAAUGAAUUUCUUCCACUCUUCCAAAUUAACAGUUACUUUUAAAAUGUUGUAUAAUCUGUAUAUACUUAAAAGUUGUAUUAUUCAUUUUUUAUUGUAAAAAAAGGCCUUAUGCACCUACUGUCAUGAUGAGACUCGAUGAUGAUGAUGAUGAUGAUCUUUCAUUUUAAAGGCUCAUUCAUUUAUGACCCUUCCCUUAACAUUUCAUCCAGGAAAACUGUCAAUAGAUGCUAUCAAUCUCAUUUUAGAAGAGCUAAGGGUAAAAGGUGAGAUCUUUGCAUCCUGUUCAAAUCAAUUCUCUUCAGCAAGAUUCAGAUUCUUCCAGAUGGUUCUUGCAUUCAGUAUUACAAGUCAGUGUUCCGGUAAUGCAUAGUCACACAGGGCUGUCACUAAGGGCCAGGUGCAGGGAUUUCCCCCGGCUAAUACGCCACUUGCACAUCUACCAAAAUUACACCUUAUUUGCCCCCCAAAAUUUUGCAUAAGCAUUGUUUUCAAUUUCUCUUGGAACGGUUGUAAUACCCAGGAGAAAUGAAAAACAAAGGUUAUGCAAAAUUUGGGGGGGGGGGGGGGGAAAAAAAUUAAAAAUUGGGGGGGGGGGGGGGCAAAUAAUGUGCAUUAUGGGAGAUGUGCAAGUGGCAUAUAUGAACAUAACCCCCAGCUAGUUUCAUAAGGAACAAAAGGAAAAUAAAAACCCCAGCAACUUGAAAUCUUAGUGACAGCCCUGGUCACAUGCAAAAGGCUAUGAGAUUAAUAACACAAGCGAAGGAGGCAUGGCCAAGCGGUUAGGGCACUGGACUUGUAUUCUGGACAUGCUGAGUUCAAGUCCCACCCUGACCGCUUGUUGGAUUUGUUCCUGGUAGCCCCGAGUUGAAGUCCUUGGCAGUACUUGUAAAAUAGCCAACUGGUUUGUCUCCUACCAGGUGGGAUUCUUAACUUUGUUAUGUUCCAUUUGAAUUAUUUGUUUCAUUAUCUCUGAAAAGCCACAUAAGGGUAGAGGAUAAUGAAAAAAAAAAACAAAAGACACAAGACUCAUAUGGCAAGAUAAACAAACUAACUUUACAAAAUCUCCACAUCAAUCAGGCCAAGAUAGAACAAGAAUAAUAUUGUAUGGAUUGCAAGACAUUUGUCCAGACCUCUAUGUACAUUGUGUAUUUUUUCAAUAAAUUUGGAGUUUUUGAACGGCUGUAUCUCAACCAGUAGACAGUUUGAACAUUCACGGAUACCACAAACUGCAAACGUCAGAUUUAAGUUGAGCAUCUCUCAAAAUAGAAAAUGAGCAGAUAAAAACAGUUUAAAACAAUAUUAAUAUGGAUAAAAAAUUGUGUGAAACUACUAUUUUAGGUGAAGAAAUUAAUGAACAGUAAAUGACAAGUAAAGAGGAAACUUGGUCACGUGGUACAAAUUCGUGUUUGCUGUUUGACAUGAUUGGAUGCUUAACCUCUCUACUAUUAGCCCGAUGAACAGUAGCCUGCGUCACACUGACAAAAUCUAACUCUGGUUAGUAACACCUGCAAAGCAGCAAUGACAUCCUUAUUCCGGGCCCCUAGCUGUCUCAAUAAAUUACCGGAAAUAUGUUUCAAAUUUCUCUGCAACCUGAUUGGCAGAUAGACAAUGGCUUUUCUAAUUGACCAAUCAUGGCACGUACUCAAAUCCUGGUACACAGGUGGGACCCAAAGCAAGGAUUUUGGUGCUGUUUUACAGACAGGCUCAACCAGAAGUUUAGGUAUGUCUGUGGCACAGGCUUGAUAAACAGCAAACUUGACAAUUUGUAACAGCUCCAUGUGCUACUUCUGGCCAUCAUUGUGAGUCUUGUGUAGAUAAUACCGUAAUAACGGACUCAUAGCCAGUACCCAUCAGUUUGAAAUCAGCCAAUCAAUUAUUAUUGUUUAGUGUCUUACCUUGUGUCAUCUUCUGUGAACCAGGUAAUAUUGAAUGGGAGGACAAGAGAAAACAAAGAUGCUUUGUCAUGUGGAGGACACCAGAUGAAUGGGCAUCUAUGAUAUUUAAAUGGGUAAGAAAUGGUAAAAUGCAUGAAUGCUAAAGCUCUCUUAUUUCUCACCUUACUGGCUAAAACAGUCUUUCUGUAAUAAACAUGAUUAAAAACAGUUAAUUUUGUUUCCAGAGAAUCUCAAUGUUUCCCAAGGCAGAACCAAGGGAAACUUUGAGAUUCGAGGGAAACAAAAUUGACUGUUUCCUGAGGGAUUAGUCUUUAAGGGUCUGGCAAAAUGUGUGUUUCGUUAUAUUGAGGUUCUUUUUCAUAUACUGUAUUUGACUAAAACUGGGGCGAAGAACAUCGUUUGUUAUACUGAGGACUUCGUUAUAUAGAGGUUCGUUAUAUCGAAGUUCCACCGUAGCUGGAAAAUGUGAAGCUGGAAAUUCAUUAAACCUUGCUGUAAUGACGGUUGUCGGUCAACAUUGGCGGUUAACAGUACACUGUUACCCUCUGAUGUCAUAGAUUUUGCAAUGUUGCCCACUCAGCGAUUUUGGCAGGAAAAAGCUUCAUUGUCAUAUGUCAUGUGACCUCGAAGUAACCAAUGAGAGCACAUGCUAUUGGGGAGAAAUUUCCAGCUAUAUAACAAAUCACUUUGUCCUGUAGGUGCAGGAAAAUGGAAUGACAGACACAGUGUGUACAUUGUUCGAGUUAAGAGCUGGUGAUGACACUGUAAAUGAAGGUUAGUUGUUUGAAUUGUCUCUUUCUUGAGAAGAGAAAAUUAAUUAUCUCGAGUCUUCAUGUUUGAUUUAUCUGAAGAUGUAAGAAUCAUUACUGAUUUUUUGGUGAAUUUUUUAAAACGAUAUCCACCAAAUGUUACCAUGAACGUAAAACUGAGAUGACCUUUUGUAUCUAGCAAUGCUUUACUGAAGACCUGCAAAAGCUACAUAUACACAGACACAGAGUCUAUAAGCAACAGUGCAUUUGUUUACUAUGGAAUCUCAUAGGAGUCGUUUAGUGGAACGUCCUGCAGGGUGUAUGCAGGGUGCAAAGGAAGCCAUUCCUUGUAUUUUUCAAUUUCGUGCCCACACAACCAUCAUGUCAAAACGGAACGAAGUCGCCCCUCUCCUUACCCCUUGUGCAAUGUUGUUUUUUUUCACAUGUGCAUUUCUUGUGUUACUGCAAACAACAUUGCAGUAGGGGAGUGGGAAAUGGUCUUAAUUUGUGACGGUAAGCAUUCUUGUCAGGACGAGUGCAAAAAUAGGUAUUUUUGUAAUGUGUCUCAGCAGGUUUUUUCUGGGGUUAUAACAUGCACUAGCCCAAAAGUUAUUUUUCCUAGCCUGAAAAAAAUUCUGAUUAGCAGGAUAUGUUUCCAGUUCUUCUUAAAAUUGAGUUCCCAAAAAACUUCACUUUCGUGUUGGGCAAUUUAAGAACAGAAUUCACUUGCCUAAUAGCAAAAUCCACUAUUCCUGGGCUACAUCUAUUGCACACUACUGUCUUUGCACGCUGUGUACGCAAACCCUCUGAAGCCGUUUUUGAGUCUUUUAACCUCCGGAGGCUGGCAUGUCUGUUUCUAACCACAUCACUGCUUGAUCUUCUUGGCAGAGUUCUAUGGAAUAGAUAUGUGGAUGUUAAAGAAAGCUUUAAGUCAACUUGAAGCCAAAGGAAAGGCCCAAAUGUUCGAGGCUCCUGAUGCAACUGAUGAAAGUGGACUCGGAGUUAAGUUCUUCUCGUAG